CAAGAUUAUUGGAUUACUUCCUAGAUUAAUAAAAAUGGUAUCGAGCAAUCGAUAGAAGCACAUGUUGAACAAGAUUUUGUGAAUGGUGGUAUCAAAAAGGAAAUACCAGCAGAUGGUGAUGCUGUAGCUUCUACUUCAUUAGAAAUUCAUUUGACUGAAAAAGGAACCAACAGUGACGAUAAAGAUAUUACGAAAGAACAAGCAAAGCCAAGGAAAGAAGUGUCUCCGCUACCUUAUUCGUUCUCGCUUACUGCUGAUGUUCGAGUACCACUCACAAUCACGGCAUCGGAGCUAAUGGAAAGAUGUAGGAAAAGAGUUGAUAAACCAAGUGAAUUUAUAGAAAUAUUUGAUGAACGAGUGAAGCCUCCAACUUUACCAGAAGUACCACAAACAGAGAAAUCUCUACCUGAGAAACUUUUACGACCAACACCUGUAAUUAUGGUGGAGUCACGAAAAGAAGCACAUAGUAUUGAGCUACAAAAUUAUUGUUACAAUAGUGCAAUUGCAUUGAUACGUGGUUUGACGCAGACUUUAAAGAUGGAUCUCUCACUUUUUUCAACGAAAUCUUUGUUGGAAAUUGCACCAAAUCAUGAGGUGGAAAUACGUUCUCAGUACAGGAUGCCUCCUGAUCAAAAUGUUGAUCAUCUUGGACAGCCAACAUGGAUAUGCCAUAGUACUCGUUCUUAUACCACUAUUGCUCAUUAUGCUCAAUAUCAGGCUCAGUCAUUCCAAUAUAGCUUGAAGGAAGAAGCCGAAAAACUUCGGGCAGCAAGUGCAAAAUAUGGUGGUAGUGGUGGUAGUGCUUCAGCAGAUGCCGGUAAUGGUUCGUUGAAACGCCGGCGUGCUACUGUACCUGAGGAAUCUCAAAUGCCGAUGAAGCUGAUCAAAUUUGGAACAAAUGUUGAUCUUUCGGAUGAAGUGAAGUUCAAGUAA